AUGCAGCCAUUUGAUACAGAUCAAGUAGAGAUAUAAAGUGAUGCUCUAUGUUUUUUUGAAAAUAUUUCAGGCAGCAAUAGCCAGGUAAAUUCUUAAAAGAACAACAGUAGUGGCUAUGAUAAUGCAUAUAAUAUUAGAACAACAAAUAUUGCAGUAGAUGAAUACCAUCUUUUCUAAAAUAACUUACGACAACAAUAGCAUUAACAUUAGCUUAAUCAUAAAAACACUAAGAAAAUUGUAAUUAAUCCAGCAGUGAUAGGAAUAGAUGAAAGUCAUGCUGAUUAAAUUGGUCAAAGAGCUUCUAACAGCAUUCCUAACAUCAAGAUUAAUAAAGCUGUCAUCAAGCAUUAGGAUAAGUAAGACAUAAAAGACAGAUACUCUGAGAGAAAUGAUGAUGAUCAAAAAGAAAUUUGGCCUUAGUUUGAAGAUCAGACUUGCAGCAUUAAAAAGAGCAAUGAAAGAAGAAAGUAUAAAACUAAUGAAGGUCUGAAUAAUAAUACUUAAGGUUUAAAUGAUCAAAUGAAUUCUCUAAAGCAUGAUGAUUCUAACUUAUAUACAACAAUCAACAUUAACAUUGAGGAUAAGUACCCAUUGAGUCAUUAAACGAUGAAUCAUACAGACACAACAUUUGUUGAUCAAGAUUCAACCCCAUUUAAUGAAAAUGAUCGAAUAAUGUCUUAAGAAAUAUAAAUCCAUUAGAAACAGUACUUACUCAGACCUUAGACACAUCAUUAAACUCUGUAGAAUUAAAGUUUUAGCGAUAAUGAAAGUGGUGUUAAUAACGAAGUAUAAACCUAGUAUGAUUAGCGUAUUCCUCAUCAGAUACAUCUUUAAAACGAAGAUAUUCACAUUUAAAGCAUGGAAAUUUCUAUCCUAAAUGAUCAAUAGCAAAAUAGAAGCAACUACUAGUCUGACAAUAGAAGUAAUUCCUCUAAUCAAAACUAGAUUAACAAUAAUUAGACAUAUCAACACCACUAGCAUUAAAAUGAGAACUAGAUUACCAAUAACAGUAUAAGCGUUAUAAGGUCGUCCCAAAGAAAAAUUUCACAUACUGACAUGUCCUCGAAGCUACCUCAAAGAAUUGAAUAGAGAAGAAUAAACACAUAGGAAAAAUAAUCAAGGAACAAACUGAUAAAUUAAACUUAGUCUAUGAAAUAAAGAGCAAUGAUGAGCCAGAAAAACCCUCAAAUUUAUAAUCAAAAUAUUGAUGGCGAGUACGCUGGCAGAGCUGGAUCUCAGUAAUCUAGAACUAUCAAUACAGAUAAAGGGUAUAUAGUUUCAGGAGGGAGACAUGUAAGCACUGCUGUAUCUUCAUAAAUCAAACAAAGAAAUAAUAUUACUAGUGAAUAAAGUACCAAGAACAAAAUUAAACAGCUAAUAGAAAAAAGAAAGAUAAAUUUAUUUGCAGAGGAAAACUAGAGAAGCAUGCUAGAGUUCAAUCCUGAUGUGCAGAUUUCAAAGUAAUACGAGAUGAAUAAUUAAUUGUAUACUCAAUAUAAGAAUCAACAGCUAAAUAAUGUGAAGCAAAUAAAGAUAGCUGACUAUUAUAAUAACAACAAAGGUGAUAAUUCGGUGAGAGGUAAAACCUUUAAGGAAAUGAUGCUUCGAUCUUUAAUGUAUAGAAAAGAUAAGAAUUCUCACAGAUAAUCUACUUCUCCUUAUCAUGAUAACCUUCAAACUAAUUAAUCUAUAUUAGAUACAAAAAGAUCAUAAGAAGAGGAAUAAGUUGAUAAAAUGCUAAACACUACUGACAUAAUGAACUUUAACCUUUAAAACUAAAAUAAUGUUAUGCAGAAAUAAGGAGUUUUGGACAUUGACAAAAUGUAUUAAAAGAUUAUCAAUAAAUUAGCAGAGGAAAAAAAAGAUGCUAAGUUGCCAAUAAAUCCAAUGAAUGAUCUAUUGACGUCAAACAAUAAUACUGCCCAUGAUAAUGGAGUUGAUUAAUAGCUUGAGGCUGAUGCCGUAGAUCUAAGCAGGCUUAAUGAGUCUUUGUUUGAUGACCAAUCUUCUAUGUAUGACAAUAGUUUUAGAGGGUAGCAAUCAAUUUUAAAGUCUAGACUUUAAAAAAGACUAAAUCUUUCUAAGUAAAUUGUGAGUGAAUCAAUUAAAGAGGAAAAUGGUAUUUAUCAAACUGGAGAUGAAAGUGCUAAAAAUCAUAUCAACUCAAUUAGAUUUUAAGAAAGUGAGAAUGUAGAUGAAAAGUAGAGUAAAACUAUAAUGGACCAUUAUUACUAGAUAUCUAAGAUAUACUAGAAUAAUCAAGAGUUUGUAAAAAUGAAAAGGCAAUUUUAGCAGCAAUCGUAUGAUAGACCAUUCUCUUUUAGUCAUUAAAGAGACAUUAAUAAACUUAAAGACAAAAGGAAAUCCUCAGAUGAGUAAAAUAACAAUUUGACUGGAAGCUUAGCUGAGAGAAACAUUAAGAAUGAUAAUUCGAUAAAUAUUACUCUCGAUCAAAAUGUACCUAAAAUGAAAGGUACUCAUGCAAGAUAAUCUUACAGUUAGAAUAAUUCACUACCAAGAUUCAAUUAUAAGCAUAGAAAUAAUUACAUGUUUAAUCAUCAAGAUUCAGAUUCAAAGAGUAUUCAGAAUAAUUACACUAAUCCAGAGGAUCUUGGUAGUGGAGUUGAAAAUAGCCACAGAGAAAAAGAUCUAAGAAAAUAGAAGUAUGACAAAAAUCUAUAAAACAAUAUCGAUUGGAAUGAUUGUUUAUUAAAGAAAUAUAUUGAUACUCCUAACCAGCAUGAGCUUUAAUAUAUCAAUGACAACUCUCUCUACUCGAAUGAAGAUAUAGACUAUAUGAUUAAUAUGGUCAGACUAAAUGAGAAAGCCUUUGAAAGAUCAAACACACUGAGUCAAAUUCACAACAAAACUCUUAAUACCAUUUAAAAACUCUGCAGCGACAUUUAACUUGACAAAGUAGCUAUAAAGAUUUAAUUUUUCUAUGCAGAUCGUGAUUCAAAAACUCUGUAAAAGUUGUUGCUUAGGUGCAAAGAAUUUUUUGUGAUUAGAGUUAGAAUCAUCAAGAUUUUGAAGCUUAUCAGUGAAAGGGAAGCAUUUAUGACAUCUUUGAAAGAUAUUAUAAGAAACUUUAACGAGCAGGAUGAAAAUGACUUGAGUUAUAAGAACUCAGAUAAAUCUGUAUAGUUAAGAUAGCUCAACUACAACAUUAAUGUUGUUUCUGAGGAACUUGUCAAACUCAUACUUAGUUUCUUGUGCGAAUAUCAUAAAUACUUUGGGAAGAAUUAUCUUGAGGUAGCCAGAAGAGAAGCUAAGGAGAUAGCAGAAGUUCUGCUAAUUAUAAAAGGAGAUUGA